ACUAUUUAAUAAUACGUUCAUGUACCAAGUGUGAUCUAGUUUGAAUAACGAUGUUCAGUUAUUUAAACGCGGCCGUUUUAAUUCUCAAUAUGAAAACCAAGUUGUGCGUCACUGACCAUAAAAUUAAUAAAAAUGAUUGAUUUUAUUGUACAAAUACGCACUUGACUUUUUAUCUUACAACUUCAGAGACGGUAAUAAACAUUAGAUAGAAAAUAAACGAUCCGAUUAAAAAAUACAAAAUAAUUAUACAGUAGUAUAUGUAGUUGUAAUCAAUCAAAAUUCAUGAAAUAUCGCGUAAUGGGUUUCGCAAUUAACACUCUUAUUGGUAGAGUACGAAAUGUCGAUGAAGGCAUGCACAGGUUUCGCGUAGAACAUAAAGGCGCUGCGUUGUUCCUGAAGUUAUUAAACCAGUGAGUACUUUUCCAAGGUAAUACAAUUUCGUGAGGAACCUACAUUUAAUCUCCGUAUAUGAUUUCGUGACUGUAGUUGUAAUGCGCUGGGAAAGAAAUUGAACAUCUAACCAAGCAUACAUAAUUGAUAGGAUCAGAUAGGACUCUGUUAGCGAAGGAGUGUUGGCAAACUGAUGUCAUUAUUUUAGAUCAAAUGGAUAUGUGAGGCCAGAUUGUUACUUUUGCGAUACUUGUUGCAUUCUUAACUACGGUCGAAUACAUGAAAACAACUAGGACACGUAAUCAGUGGACACUUCUAAACAUCGGAACGUACAUAUUGUCAUGGAGCAAAGUAUAUUUGCAAAGGAUAUCAUUAUACUGAUAUAACAAACUUAGUCCCUGAAGACGAAUUUAGACAACAUCGAGUGCUGAUCACUGGUUUCCGGCAUGUCACUCUUUUGCGUACAGACGCAUGAUCUGUCAUGGCAGGAUCGAACCGUCAACAUCGAGCUCAUGAUAUCGCCUGCUCGCUCCCAACUGCUCUACAACAAGCACAAAGGACUCAAGACGAAGUACGAGCAGGUGGAGAGUAAUCUCGAACGGGAAAAGGAGUCGUACUUACGUAGCUAUAAGACGGACCAACGCUUGAUGGAGCGACAGAAAGAGCAGUACUCAAAGCGGCGGAACACUAUCAUUCUGAGGAGGGCGGUCGCGGAAAGAAGGCGGUCGAGUUUUGGCGGAAGGUCGUCGGCGCCGGCAAGGCUUGAGGCGGAUUUUUUGGGCUCGUCCGAGAUGAGACCAACUUUUGUAACGGAAAUCAACCUGCGCGAAUCGAAAUCCGCCGACCCUAGAAUGACCGUGCCGAGUCGUAACCCGGAACUGACGACGCUGCUUCCGCGACUUACAGCCGAUACACCUGACUUUCGAAACCUUUCUCCGUGUAUCAUGAAUACGUCGCCUUCAGCGGGAAAGCCUUUCCUUGAGAGAAAGAAAUCUGUGAGAUUCGAACGGCUGACUUCCGGUUGUAGACGUGGUGCGAAGAUUGACGAAAACACCCAAAUUGAAGAGGACAGUUCUGUGCUGCCUAUAGAAGACAGAAUCAAACGCUUUCUUAAGUCUCAGGGCGAUUUCAAUAAAAGGGUUCCCGAAAAAAUCAAUCUUGUUGACAGUAAAAAGCUGCAACCUAUCAUAAACCGGUCUUUAAACGGAACCCUCUCGGUGAACUUGGGCAAAUUGGAAAACGCGUUUGAUGAGUUUUGUGUGGACGAAAGUGAUGAAGGACUGCACCGGAUGGUCCGCUACGCGGCGAGGUUGAAAGCGAACGUGAGGAAUGCCCAGAACUCCAGCAUAAUGCCGCGUCGAGCCAGUGUGUUUGCCAUGUAGCGGGGCGUGCAUGGCGUAUUGCAAUACAAUAUUACAAUAUUAUUGCUACGUAUGUGAACGGUGUUUACUUUUAUGAAAGCUUUUCAGUAUUAAAGUGGAAAUGUAAAAGUUCUUUUUUGAUAAAAAAAUAGUCAAGACCAUUAAAAAUGACAUACUUUAAACUAUAAUGUAAUGCGAGCAUUCAAAAAGAAAGCUGGAAAAAAUGCAAAACUAAAUAAGUAAUAAAAAUGUUAUUAUAAUUAAGGUGCUGUUUACAAGAUAAUGGAUUUGAUUGUAUUGCAUAAUGAGGCGCACAAUACAAUAAUUAAAUAUUUUGUCAAUUAGCAAUAAGACAGUGUAUUUCUAUGGUGUUUAUAUAACUGACGUGAUAUUGCGCAAAGCUUUCUUGAAAAUGUUAAUAUUUAUAUGAUUCACCAAAUUUGCUAUUAAAAUUUAAUAUUUUUCACAAAGAUUUUACCUAGCGAGCGAGCGGAAUAAACAUUUGCGUUAUGUUUUAUUUAUGUGCUAAAACAACAUGUUGUGGUCAAAUGCUAAUAUCUUCGUUGCAUGUCGGUCAUUCACCUCGGAAUACACACAACUUGGUUUAUUCUCCUUAGGCUUGCUUGUGUUCAAUGCCUUAACCCAUUUAUGCCUUGAUAUUUGGCGUGCAUGUGUAUCUCAUGGAGCUGCACAUUUUGAAUGGUGAAAGGUCAUUGUCAUCCUUCAAGGUCAAAGGUAACAAAAACAAAAUCCAAGGGAUGUAACAAACGUUAAAGGGAGAUAAUUUCUAUUUUAUAUCAUUUGGCAGGUACAGAUCAUUUUCACAAGGAAAGUAAUAUUUUUUAAACGGGUAUAAUAAAAAAAAUAUUCAUAGCGGCGCUAUAUAUAUAUUACCCGACGUCGAUCGCUAAUGAAGAUAAAACAGAUUUAAUGUUCGAGUUGAAUAUAUACGAUGGUUUGUUGAAUUGUGUGUUAAUGUCAAAUUGUUGAUAUUUCCAACUUACUAAAUGUUAAUUAUGGUAGUUUUAUGUUCAUUGUAUAUUAUAUUGUAUACGUAGAAAAAAAACGUAUCGAUACUGAAACCAAUUUAUAUAUUUUCUCAUAGUGUGCGUAUAAUGUUCACUAAAAUAGUUUAUGUGGACGUUGAUGGUUUUGCUCACAAUAUGAGCCACAAUCUGGGAAAACGGGGCGUAAUGCAU